CACAUUAUUAUUGUUUGUCCAGUAAAAAAACUAUUGUUUUGUUUACAUUAAUUUUAUUAAUUUAAAUUCUAAAGAAUCACGAUCACUCGUUCACUGAACUCACGUAGCAAGGUAUUUACCAAUAAUUAGAGACAAAUGUCUCAAACCGGAAACCAGUCUCUUAGCAAUUAUUAAAACAGAAUGUCAGUGGUUCUAGAUGACAAGACAGAGUUUAUGACCAAUCCUUUUUAUGAUCAACACGAGCCGAGCAACUAUCAAACUUUUUACGUGACUCUUGGUGUGUGUACAGUGUUUGCCUUUGCACUACUUGUUGUCAACUUGUUUCUGUGUUGCUUUUCCAAGCACAGACAUUACUGGAGAAAUAGUGAAACAGGUAAUCGUUACAUACUACCGAUUUGGAUCAAGACGCCCGCCAAACAAGCUCCACUUGAUCUGAGAGAGCUAGAAACAAACUUUUCUAAACCAAAACCUGUUUAUGACUCUGGGGUGCCCCAAGAAUUUGUAGAGCUUCACAAGAAAGAGAGUGACAUUUGAACUUCACAAUGAUUCACAUAUUUUCACCUUUGAUAUUAUUGUUGGCCAUGUUUGUAUUGUUUGUAGUCAUUGCUAUGGUGAGGUAUGGGGGUCGUUUCUGUUCGGUGCAUAGGGAACCAGAAAACUACAAUAAUUAUAACGACGAAUACAUUGAACAAGUAUCUUAUGCUUAAAUUAAUUUAAAUUUUUAAAACCUUAAAUAAAUAUGGGUUAGUUUUGCUUAAUUUUGAUAGUUAAAAAAACAAAAUCUUAUCACAGAAUGUCUUUUAUAUUAUUUAAUCACUUUAUAUCAAAACAUUUUUUAACUUUGAAAAUAUUGAACCAAUGAAAGGUUAAAAAAAUGGAAUUUCUUUUUUUAAUUCAUUAGUUAUUUUAUUAAAACAAUUAUUUUUUAUGUACCAUUAAUUGAUAAAAAUAUAUUAUUUUACAUUAUGUAGGUAAAAUGCACUUAAAAAUUAUAUUCAUCUAAAUAAAUAAAUUUUAUUUAUGUUAUUUAAGUAUAACUUGAAUGAAAAAUAUUUAUGUAGAAUUAAAAGUGUUCACUAUAUUUUAAGUAAUCAUUCAGGAAUAAAUUUUAAAAUGUUAAAUGUUUCGAACAAUAUUGUCUUAAAUUUAACAUUAUUUUUUUUUUAUCAUUAUAGUUUAUUAGUUAUUAUAUAAAAUUUCUGGAUACCUAUGUUCAAGUCCAUAAUUAUUUUUAAAUAAGUUUUAAAUUUAGAACAUAAGUAUUAUUAUUUUUUUUAUACUCUACUUAAGUUAAGAACCAUACUUGGCAGUGAUAUUUUUUUCAGAUGGCAAUCAGGCAUAACUGUUAAUCAUCCCCAACAACUCAAUUGUGGUUUAGUAAAGCCACACAUAUGUACUCAAGUUGACUGUCUAGUAUAGUUCUUAACUUUGAGUAGCUAUUGUUUAAUACAAUAUAAUAUACUAAUAAUUCCGUCCAUAUUGUGAUCACGUACAGUUGUAAAUUGUUGUAUGACUUUUGAAUGACUGUAAAGUAACAUUUACACAAUGGUAUUAUAAAUUAAGACUUUUUAUUUAAAUUUUAUAUCUUUAAUAAUUUUUUGAAUUAUAUUAUUAUUUGAUCAAUUAAAAUUAGAUUAUAAAUUUAUUAAAUUUAAUACAAUAUAAUAUACUAACAAUGCCGUCCAUAUUGUGAUCACGUAUAGUUAUAAAUUGUAUGACUUUUGGAUGACUGUAAGUAACAUUUACACAUUGGUAUUAUAAAUUAAGACGUUUUACUUACAUUUUAUACCUUUAAUAGUUUUUUGAAUUAUAUUAUUAUUUGAUCAAUUAAAAUUAGAUUAUAAAUUAAUUAAAUUUAAUAACACAAUAUUCAUAUUUGUGAACAUACCUGAGGUUAAAUAUACAUUAGUAUUGUUUCUGGGGGGAAUUUUUGAAUCUCAACAGUCGUCCAAUAUGUUAAAACAUUUGUAAUCAUUGUAUUCAUUUACAAAGUAUUAUUUUUACAAAUUAUAUUUUAUAAUAAAGUUUUUUAAACAAAAUUA